AUGAAGCCCGUCGUGAGCGCCAUGCAAGCAUGGCAAUGCACCGUCAUCUCCGUUUUCGCCAUUGUUAUCCUCGGGGUCCUCGGUGUUCUGUUUAAUCAGAACCACCCCGAGCUCGUUGGUAGCGAGGAAGACCCCAAAGAUGGCAGCGCCGUCGCGAGCACCAUCUUUGUCUCUGUUAUGAUCUACAUCGGCUUCUUCCUCUUCUGUGGUCUGCAGGGCCUCCUUCACGUCCGCGAGAAUCGGCGAGGCGCGAUUGCAUUGUAA